AGUAGCAGUCACUUGGGUAGUCCAGGCAAGACCAUGCACUUCUCUCGUCUCUUCUUAGCUUCCCUAGUUUUCGUUUCCUUGCUAUGGAUCAGCCAUCUUCUCAGGAAACGCUCACCUCAGAGCCAAGAUGACCUAACUGUAGAGAAAGAGGAUUUAUCAGUGACGUUUGAUACUCUCCUGCAUAUUCAACAUCUCAGGAAAAAGAAACUGAGAUCCUUUUGUGGUCAAACUGCUAAAAUCACUGAGCUUCCCCAUAACAAGCAGGAAGCUUCCCAGGUGGUGUCUUCAAUCAUGGUGAACAACAAACUUCAGUUACUGUACUGCAAAAUCCCAGCGACUGGGGUGGAAGGCUGGGAGCAGCUAUUGGAGAUGCUGGAGGAGAAAGAAAAUGUUACCCUGCAGCUGCCAGUUCCCAUUCACCAGCAGUUUGGCACACAAAUGAUGCUGAGCCAGUACAACCUGACAUCAAUGGAGGCUCUGCUGAAAUCUUACACAAAAGUGAUCUUUAUCAGGGAACCUUUCCACAGACUCAUCUCUGCUUACAUGCAUGGAUUGGCAGAUGACUUAACUUUCAAGGAGUUUGUCCAAUACAUCUUAUACCAAGGAUCCAGUAAAGCCAGCAUUGAGUGGAAACCACUGGUUAGCCUGUGCCGGCCAUGCAUCAUCCGCUAUGACUAUAUAAUCAUGUUUGGCUUCCUUGGCAGUGAAGUGCACCACUUGAUGCAACGGGCUGGGCUUCUAGGGAACAACCAGCUUCCCGAAUUCAUAGACUCCAAAAUCCGUUGGACCUAUGGCUGGCUAGAAGAACAGAUGUUCAGUGAACUCUCUCUUGCACAGAAGAAACAGCUGUGCCAUUUCUUUCGGUUUGACUUUGCUGCAUUUCACUUUCCUAACAGCUUGCUCUGGGACCCUACUUGCAUUGUAAGGAGCACUUAGGGUUAUUGUGACUUGGAGAAUAUGUAAGCAAAAAUAAUGUUGCAGAACUGAGCUGCUUUAGAGCAGGUUUAAUGUCUCACUGCAAAUGCUAGGAUCUCAGCAGUUUCUACUUAAGAUUCAGGGUCAAUGAGAUCUUGGAUUUCAUGUUUAAAAAUUCUUUGAACAGUAGCAAUUGCCUGAAGGACCAUGUAACUGGGAAAGGGGGAAGCUUCUUUUCAAAGGCAAUCCCAUAUGCUAUGAUACUAGAUAGUUGCCAAGUUUUUAAUAAACAAUCUUCCAAAAUGUU